AUGUUAGGUCUAGAAAGGGAGGCAGAGCGUGUUGGGCUCCACAUGAUCACACAGGCAGCUGUUACCCCGGCUGUUACCCCAGCUGUUACCCCAGCUGUUACCCAGGUUGUUACCCAGGCUGUUACCCCAGCUGUUACCCCGGCUGUUACCCCGGCUGUUACCACGGAUGUUACCCAGGCUGUUACCCCAGCUGUUACCCCAGCUGUUACCCAGGCUGUUACCCAGGCUGUUACCCCGGCUGUUACCCCAGCUGUUACCCCAGCUGUUACCCCGGCUGUUACCCCAGCUGUUACCCGGGCUGUUACCCAGCUGUUACCCAGGCUGUUACCCCAGCUGUUACCCAGGCUCUGUUACCCAGGCUGUACCUCCAGCUGUUACCUCUCGGCUGUUACCCGCCGGCCUCUUACCCCGGCUGUACCCCAGCUCUUACCCCGGCCUGUUACCCCGGCUGUUACCCCGGCUGUUACCCCGGCUCUUACCCGGCUGUUACCCCCGGCUCUUACCCCGGCUGUUACCCCGGCUCUUACCCCGGCUGUUACCCCGGCUCUUACCCCGGGCUGUUACCCCGGCUCUUACCCCGGCUGUUACCCCGGCUGUUACCCCGGCUGUUACCCCAGCUGUUACCCCGGCUCUUACCCCGGCUCUUACCCCGGCUGUUACCCCGGCUGUUACCCCGGCUGUUACCCGGGGGCCUAUGGAGGUGUGUAUUAG